AUGAAAACAGAAGAUAAUCCCCUGGCGCUGCCCACUCACCUGCUGCGUGCCACUGCGCUGCCCGCCCGCCCCCUGACCACCUCUCCUCUCACUGCCCUUUACCCCCUCAUACCACCCCCCGCCCCAGUCCAGGCUCCGCCAAGCUGUCUGCAGGGCAAGAGCGUGGUUUUGCUUGCUUUCGUCUUGACAUCUUCGAAAUGUGAGUGUUUUGUCUUGUUCUGCUCCGCUCCGUGUUUUGAUCUGACCAAACUGGACCGUGGAGGUGAUCGGUCCUCCGCCUGUUGCAAUGCGGCAGCUCGAGUCUGGGAGCGCGGAGAGAGGCUGCUGAUCCACGCCGGGAGCAGUCCGGGGGAGCAGUGUUUCCUCCAGCCGCAGCUCUUCAGCACAGCGCGCACAACCUGUGGAGUAUGGAACAAGUUUGGUCUGUCGCGUCUUACAGCGACCGCGUCUUCCUGUUCUGUGCCGCCGCAGCGUCUGUGUCCGGGGGAAGGUCCUACACUGACCCGAGCUGAGCCAGGACUGUGGCAGCGUCUUGAACCGAGAAUCUUCCCGUGUUCUGCUUCGCUAGUCUACACUAGAGUCCUGAUGGCGUGGGCACAGCUCCUGUCCUGCAUCUCCGCCCCGAAGCGGAUGCUGCUCAAGCUGUCUUUUUGUUAA